CUGGCUGCCUGUCGUAGCGGAGAGAUAGAGGAUUUUGCCAUCCCUGUUAAUUUCCCACAGUAAACACAGCAGCCAGGGUGGAAACAACCUGCUCUAUCUGGUGGCACUGACAGUGGAAAGGGUGGAGGGAUGUUCGACACGCUGUAUCAGUGGUUCUGGUGGGACAAAAUCUGGCUGCCUGCGAAUCUGACGUGGGCUGACCUGGAGGACAGGGAUGGCCGGGUCUAUGCCAAAGCCUCACAUCUCUACGUCACUGUCCCCUACGCCUUCGCCUUCCUAUUCAUCAGAUACCUUUUUGAAAGGUGGAUAGCAACACCACUCGCAGUCUCUGCUGGGAUCCAGCAGAGAGUCCAUCUUAAAGCAGAGGACAACCCCAUCCUGGAAGCCUACUACACUACUCACUAUAGAAAUCCUGCUCAGGCAGAUAUCGACGGGCUGUCUAAGAAAUGCAGUUUGUCUGUGAGACAAGUUCAGCGCUGGUUCAGAAGAAGACGCAGUCAGGACCGUCCUGGAGUCCUGAAGAAGUUCAGAGAGGCCAGUUGGAGGUUUGUCUUCUACCUGUCGGCAUUCAUCGGAGGAAUAAUAGCAUUGUACGAUAAAGAAUGGUUUUAUGACACCCGGCAAGUAUGGACAGGUUUUCCACGUCAGUCCAUGCUGGAGUCUCAGUACUGGUAUUAUGUCUUGGAGAUGAGCUUCUAUGGCUCUCUUCUCUUCAGCGUUGCGUUUGAUGUCAAAAGAAAGGACUUUAAGGAGCAAAUCAUCCACCACUUGGCCACGCUGGUCCUCUUAUCAUUUUCCUGGUGUGUCAACUACAUUCGUAUAGGAACACUGGUCAUGCUCGUCCAUGAUGCCUCUGAUGUUUUACUGGAGUCUGCCAAAUUAUUCAACUAUGCCAAGUGGGAGAAAGCCUGCAAAACUCUUUUUGUUCUGUUUGCCAUAGUGUUUAUGGUAACACGACUGAUCAUUUACCCAUUCUGGCUGAUCCACUGUACCUGGGUCUACCCCAUUCACCAUUACCCUGCCUUCUUUGGAUACUACUUCUUCAAUGUGAUGCUGGUGGUCCUUCUCUGUCUGCACAUGUUCUGGGCCUACCUUAUUCUGUGCAUGAUCAGAAAGUUUAUGACUGGCACUCUAACCAAAGAUGAGAGAAGUGACAAUGAAGAGGAAGAGGAGGAAGAGAGCAGCCUGACAGAGGAUGGUGAGGAGCAGCACAAGCUCAGCAACGGAUUGGUGGUUGACGAGAAGGAGGACAAGAACGGCUGCUUUGGAUGCUUGUCUCCACCAGAGAACAUCUGCCGGUCAAAGACUGUGUACUGACACAUGCUCAGUAUGAUUUAGCAUGAGUCUAGGUUGUGAGAAACUGAACAAUGGUAAAUAUAUUUCACCCAACAUGGACGAAAAAAUGAGCUAAACGUGAUUUAUUCCUUCAGACGCUGGAACGCGACCUAGCCCAAAUAAGCCUUGCUGCUCACAGUGCAUUGAACUGCAAACACACACACAGGGGGAGACUUUGACAUUUUUUUGGCUCUGUUCCUCCCCACAGUGUUGUCAGUGGCAGCGCUUCACUGCCCUGCAGGUCCAGAGAGUCCAGUGAACCAAACAAGCAAACAAAACACAAACCCCUCUGCACACUAUCGUCACAUCUAACUUCUUCUGUAUUGUUUGUGAAGUGCAGAGCUGGUGCGCUGUGGAACUUUCCCCCAGUCACUUCAACUCACUGUUUCAUCCAUCAAGGCCUGCUGGCUUUUAUAUCAACCCUCUGUUGGCUUGCACCACAUAUUUAUGGUCACAGAGAGAUGAAUGGGAUCCAGUUACACCAUAGACUGUUAGGGGACUCCCAACUUGUUAGGGUAACUCUUUCUGACCCCCCACUUCCACACUGUUACCUCCAAGUUCCCUUUAUGUACACUGCACACAAAAAGCCUUUGGAAUAAUACUACAUGACUGCAGGUUUUCUGUGUGUCAGUUACUUAGUAGUGAUUCGAUUUACCUGCUUUAGUUAGACUUGUUGGUUUGUUUAACAGGGUUUGUUACACAGAACCGGAGGGCAUCAUGAAAAAGAACACUUUCCAAAAAUACUCUGCAGGUGAUUGGAUGAACCAUCUGUGUAUUACUAUCUAUCACAGGUGAACUUCAACUAAUCAGAUCAAUGAACAUUAUAACAUAGUCAAACCCUUACUGAAGACAGUUGGGAGAAGAGAGAAAACAUCUUUUCCACAGAGUAAAGCGUUCGGUAUCGUUCUUUCCUCUUUCAAUGAAGAAAUACUCUCCAGUUCUGAUAGCACUGAUGCUAGCAGCAUCUACACUAACCUCUUAGCCACCAUUGUUGUUUACUUCAUUCUUGCUGUUUUACACCAAGUGCCCACCCCCGUAGCUGCCACUAGUUCCUCAAAGAGAAGAUUAAUUUACAAAAACUAAAAUAAAUUCUACAUCAUUUGAACUGUUAUUUAUUAGCUGUGGCAAAAGUCAUGUUAUGGUGAGAGGAAAACUGUAAACUAUAAACUGUAGUCAGUUCACUGGAGAGUAUGCAGUGGAAAAAUAGGGAUUAGGCAAAUGAAUGUGGAGUAAACACUGACCAUCUGCCUGUAAUGAACACUUCAUCAUAAACACUGCAUCAUUAAGAAAGGAGGAAUAAAACGUUAGUUAAAUGUGUCGAUACUAGGCCUACAGGCCUACUAGUAAAUUAUAUGGCCGUUUGUGAGCAAGUGCUGUCCUGUUUUGUCAAAAAAUCUCCUGGAAAGGUCCUGGAAAAUUAUUCCUUAAAAAGAGUGGGAACCCUGGAAUGCUUAUAUGAAGUGCAUUUGAACAGUGAGCUGGCUGCUUAGCUUACAAAAAAGCUACAUAAUCACUGACUUUGAAUCUUUAAACUGAUGUUGACCAUCUGGAGAAAAGAUGAGACCUCCCUAAUGCAUCCAUGGAUGGACCUGUCCUCCCAAGAAGAAGCAAAGUCCACAUAGGGAGGAGGUCAGGGUGGAUGAGUGGAUCAACAAAACAUCAGACUUUAAUAUUUAACAAUGUAGACAUUUUACUCAUUUCCAUAUAAAAGUCUUUAUUUUAACCCAAACCAUGAUCUUUGCAUAAUCCUAACCAAGUUGUUUUUGUGUUUAAUUGUAAUUUGUAAUGCUUUUGGAAGAUACUGACAAAUGAUGUCAUCUUGCUGAUGAAGGAUGUCAGAUCAGAAAAUGCUUCUAUUUGUUGUUCUAGAGAGCACAGACCAACAAGUCCUCCAAAUUAAACAACAAAAUACAUUUUCAUUUGGAGGACUUGUUGAAAACUUGACUCUUCUGGUGAGCUGAACGUAACAGAUCUGUAAUAAUAAGCAGUAUCAACAUUACUGUACAGUCGACAGAGGAUAUGAGUGUUCCGAAUACAAAACUAUUUGAGUUUACUCUUGCCUAACAUCACUAAUACUGUGCCAAAAAAUGAUUUGAAUAUGUUUUAAUGCUGUCGACUUCACUGGAGAAAACAAGCAUGUAAAACUGGUUGUAGGUUUAUUUAUUAUAUGGAAAUACUGUGUGGGGUUAUAUGUGUGUGUGGGUGAUGUGAUUUAUUGUCAGUAUUGUCAUAUCAAUCCCUUGGAGACACUUAAAGGUCACAUUAAGGAGGAGGAUCUAUUGUCAGAAAUGGAAUAUAAUAUUCAUGGUUAUGUUUUCAUUAGUGUAUAAUCACCUGAAAAUA